CCCGAAACCCGAACGAAUAUGAACAUGAUUUUGAUUUUCUACCCGUUUUUUAUGUGAGUGUGGGUAUGGGUAAAACCCGAACUACUUUCCGACCCGACUCGUUGCUAUCCCUAACUUUUAUAUUGGAACUUGGAAGUGGCAAGUAACAUAUUGAAGUUCACCAUUAUAAAAAAAAACAUAUUGAAGUUCACUUUGAUGAGAUAGAAAUUCAUAAAAAAAAACAACUUGUUGAAGCACAAGGAAAAUACACUCAAUCGACACAAUCUUGGGGCGAUCUCUUGGAGAUCCAUAUAUGAAUCACUAUUGCAACUUGGGGUCAACAACUCUUCAUUAACCCCAAAAGCAGCUAAUUGGUUUAAUGAUUUAACAAAACACUUAUGCCCCCACGGGUAAUUAUCCAUCUAAAUCACCUUUAGUUAUGUUUUGAGUCAUUACUAUUAGAAUUAUCUCCACUACUCUUCUCAUUGGUCCAACCCAAACUAAGAUCUCUUAUGACUAUGCAUAUAUUCUACCACUUCCAAUCUCCUUCCUCUAAGCUUCCACACAAAGAUGAUUAAAAAGUGUAUUAUAAGCACCUCCCCCACUUGCUCAUACAUCCCAUCUUUCCCAUUCCCUUAGAAAAUUCCCAUCUCUCCCACACAUUAUAUAUACCAUCACAACACACAUUCCCUAAUCCCACCAAAUAAUACAUCAAAUACUCAACCAUUAGCAACAUACCUCAAACCCUAAUAUUUACCUCAAAAGAGCUCACAUCUCUCAAUCUCCUCCUUUGGUUUUAGAUAACAAAGCACACAUGGUUCCAACUUCCUCUUACCAUCGUCAGCAACAACAGCUCUCCUGCGAGAUAGUGAUUCACCAAGCCAAGAAUGUGGAGGAGUUUAUGAAGAUGAACAAGUCAUCCUACAAAUCCAAAGGAAACUUGUUUCUGAGAUGCUAUCUCUCAGCAGGAAACAAUAAAAGAAUUCAGCUCGACACCAAAGAGAUCCCGAGUACCAGUGAUCAUCUUUCAUGGAACGAGUCCUUCUCAUUGGAUUGCUCAGGCACUCAAGACUCCAUCAACGCUCUCCAGACGAGCAGCGUGGUUUUCGAGCUAAGAUGGAGAUCGUCAACGGGGAACACCAUCCUCGGGCUAGGAGGUUCGAAGCUUGUUGGUAGAGCUGAGCUUCCAUGGCAAAGUGUCAUGGAGGCGCCUGGCAUGGAAAUUGAGAAAUGGAUUGUUAUGAACCCAAAGAACAGUAGUCGCCUUGAUGGUGUCAAGCCUCCUUCGGUGAAGAUUGGCAUGAGGGUUAGACUUCCAAUUGCAAUGGAGAUGAAGAAGAAGAACAGUAGAGAUGAGAAGAUAAGGAAUGUGAAGUAUGAGUGUGCGUGCCAUAGACAUAGUGGUGGCUGCAAUUUUUGUGAUGGUUAUGAUGUUAUUGCCUCAGUGGCUGCUUUUGAAGCACUAUAAUAUUGUUAAUAAUGAUGAGAAGAAAGAAAGAAAGAAAGAAAGAAAGAAAGGAGUAGCGUUAACAUUGAAUUAUGGUUCUUUUUGGGUUUUAUAAAUUCUUUUGAACCUUAUCACUUGUAAUUCAAUUACAACGAGCACUAGUUUAUUUUGAUGAACAAUUAUUGAUUUGUCGAUAGGAUCUCUUCUAGACAAGAAUUAUGUGUGAUUUUUUCCUUGAUGAACUACGGGCGAAUCAUGACUAUUGAUAGUGCAAAUACACAUGCAAAAGCAUUCAUCAAGUGCCAAAUGCUCUCUUCGUACAAACACUACCUAUUACUUCUUUUUACCCAAUAAAGAUAUACCGGUCAAUAUGGAAAUCCUAAAAGAAAAUAUGUCCAUUCAAGUUUACCAUAUAGGAGUCCAAUGGAUAGUUGAAGUUCACGUUGAAAUAUGAUCUAUUAUGGUAGUAUAUAUUGUAUUUUUUUAUAAUUCAAACGGCUAUAUAAUAUCGAUAACAUAAAAUUUAUAUUGUCUCACUUGUGGUACUUGAAGAAGAUUACACGUUGAGGAUUCAUCGGACAACUUUUUAACAAAAAAUGUGACAGAUGGUUCAUUCCGAUCGACCGCUUUAUCCAAGUUAUUAGGGAUGACAAUUUCAAACUUACCCAUUUUUAUCUAAUCUGUUUGACUUGUUUUUGGGGCGGGUCUGACUAUCCUGUAAAAGGGGUGAGGCGGACAUGAGUACUCUCAUUGACUCGACUUGCUCUGACUCGCUCCAUUCUCGACUCGUUCUUUCCUAAAUUACAUGUAAUCUUAGUCAAAUUACUUAAGAUUUCCCUUUUAUUACAUAAUAUUUUAGCUAUAAUAAAGUUAUAAAUUAAUG